UCCGGAGUAAGUAAGGAAGCGGCAGCAGAGGGCGUGAAAACAGCACACGUUCAGAGAACUUUGACACUUCGUCCCGGGUUGGAUUCAUAUGUAAAGAACCACAAAGAUGGCUUUCAUGAGAAAGAGUAAGUUCCGGCAUGUGUUUGGUAAGGCGAUGAAACGCGACCAGUGCUACGACUGUAUCAGAACUACCAAACAGACGUGGGACCGCCCGUUCGCAGCCGCCAACCCUAAAUUUCUUGCUGUUAUCACCGAGUCGGGUGGUGGUGGAGCUUUCCUCGUCCUGCCCCUAUCAAAGGUUGGUCGUGUGGAACGAGAUGUGCCCCAGGUUACAGGACAUCAGUCGGCAGUGCUGGACAUUGCGUGGUGCCCUCACAACGACAACCUCAUUGCCAGUGCAAGUGAUGACUGCUCUGUGAUGAUCUGGAACAUUCCUGAUAGAGGGCUGACUACAAACAUGGAAACUCCUGUAGUAGACCUAAGACUUCACCAGCGUAGGGUCGGCCUUGUUAUAUGGCAUCCAGUGGCUGCCAAUGUUCUACUGUCCGCAGGUUCCGACAACAAAAUUUACAUUUGGAAUGCGGGACUAGGGGAGGCGUUUCUUGAGAUCGAUGUGCCUGAUCUCAUCUUUUCUGCAUCGUUUAACUUCAACGGAAGUAAAGUAGUGACCACCUGUAAAGACAAGACGAUGAGGAUAAUUGACUGUAGAACGGGAGUCGUUAUAUCUGAAAACAAACCUCAUGAAAGCAGCAAACCAGCACAAGCCGUGUAUCUGAAAGAUGGCCGAAUCUUUACCACCGGGUUCUCACGCAUGAGUGAGCGACAAUAUGCUGUGUGGGAUGAGAAAUUAAAAAACCUGAGUAUGGAGGAGAUUGACAAUAACAACGGGGUGCUGUUCCCUCAGUAUGAUUCUGAUUUAAACAUCAUGUUUCUGGCAGCUAAGGGUGACAGUAUUAUUCGGUAUUACGAGAUCACGAAUGAGAGUCCCUUUGCACACUUCUUGACUCUGUAUCAGUCCAAAGAAUCACAGCGAGGGUUUGCCUACCAGAACAAGCGGGGCUUGGACAUGAAGGCCUGUGAAAUAACAAAAAUGUACAAAAUACACAACAGUGGUCUGUGUGAAGUGAUUCCGUUCACAGUGCCUCGAAAGUCGGAAUUGUUCCAAGAUGACCUGUUCCCAGAUACAGCCAAAGAUCAGGCAGCUCUCACUGCUGAGGAGUGGUUUGAAGGCAAGGAUGCUGCUCCCAUAAUGAUGUCUUUGAAAGACAAGUUCCUAGCUUUGGAGGGGACUACCCAGUCAGCUGCAAAGCCUAUACGCAAGGCUAACGUCCUGGACAACAUCAAUUCAACAACACCACAGAAGGCUCCACCAAUGAAGACAGCAGAGCAAUCGGCCCCUAAACCAGCCCCUGCUCCGGCCCGUGCUCCAUCCCCGGUUCCGGCCCCUGCCCCCACCCCUGCCCCUGCCCCUGCCCCUGUUGCUGCCCCUCCUGCGAAGGUGGCUGCUGCUCCACCACCGAAACAAGAAACAAAGCCACCUGCAGUUAGUGACAAUGCAGUGCCGGGAGCUUCCCUUCCUGCUGGUUUUGAUCCACAGGCCAUGAUUGACGAUAUCAGGAAACUCAAACUUAUUGUAAAAGCACAUGAAAGGCGAAUUAAAACGUUAGAGGAAAGAGUAUCACAAUACGAGGCUAUGUCAUCGGAAGAAGAGAACGGAGAAAAAUGCUAAAACGACAACUCUAAAUUACUGGGACUGGUCACAGCGCUCCAGGAGAAAGUGGAGGCACAGGACGGUCUAAUUGGUGAAUUACAGAAGAGAGUUGCCGCUUUGGAGGCAGCUGCCGAAUCCAAAGAGGAAGACAAUUGACAUCUCCAUGAUUACUGUACAUAGACAGCCAGUGGUGGCUACGGUAUGUAAUAGACAUUAUGAUGCAGCAAUAAUGACAUGUGAACAGGUGGCAGGAGGACUCUGUACAGAUAGCAUGUCCUCUCCUCACCAGUUAACUACAAGGAGAUCAUAACACUGUGUAUAAUUGUACAGACAUCGAGACAAUAUACAUAUGCAACAAUAAUUCACACUAUCUGUAUAAAAUUAGCAUGUGGAACAAAGUGCUAUUCUGUACAGCUAUCAGAACUUUUGUUUUCUCUCUCUGAUGUUUUCACUGGGGAAACAUGAACAUAAUUGGCAAUUAAUAUGUAGCUAAAAUUUUAACAAAGGUUUUAACACCUUUGUAACAUAGUGUAAAAAAAUCAUUGUUUUUGUACCACGCUUAGGUUAUCACAAUGUUUUCCAUUUGAUGAAAGUAAUUGAAUGGGUAGGAGCAGUGUUAAUAAUUUAUCAUCAUGGUCAUAAAUUUUAAAUGUUAUGCAGAACCAAGUAACAGUAAUUGGCAUUUUAACCCUCAUAAAUAGCAGCAAUGUUAUUGACUUCACUGUGCUAAUGUUGUUGUUGGUGGUCACCUGUUACAGUUUUCAGGUAUCACUGACAAUGACACUCCCAUUUAAACCUUCUGGUAGCGUUCAACUGUUGCCUAUUACUAUAUUUAGAAGAUGUUAAGCAUGGCAUGGCAAAAAAA